AUGGCGUCGACUUUGCCCCGGCUACCAAUCUUCGAAGCCCUUGCAGGACACGAUCCGAAUUCCACCGUCGUGGUUCACUCUGCCUCGGGGCGGAAGUUUACAUAUGGGGAAUUGUUGGGCGAUGUCGUCCAGGGGAAGGAGAGGCUGUUGAAAGAGGGGGGUGGCAAGAUGGAUGGAGAGAGGAUAGCUUUUCUCGUGGAAAAUAGCUAUGACUAUGUAGUGACCUUGCUUUCUAUUCUCGGGGCGCAUUCAAUUGCAUUACCACUUUCUCCUGCAUUCCCAGCACACGAAUUACAGUAUAUCAUGGAUCAUAGCCAGGCUUCACUGUUGUUGUCCUCGAAAAAGUUUGAAAGGAAGGCCUUGGAGGUUAUGAAGGAAAAUUUACAGAAAACCCCGAAGCACAUUCGGUUGGCGAAGAAGAUGGGUGGUGCGGCGUCUGAAAGGGUAACGCUGGAAGGACCUACAGACGGAGGGGCCGGAAUGAUGCUAUACACGUCAGGGACUACGAAUCGACCGAAAGGAGUUCUUCUCCCCCAAUCCGUUAUGACUGCGCAAGCUCAGUCUCUCAUAAAAGCUUGGAAAUACUCGCCGUUGGAUCGCCUGCUUCACGUGCUCCCCCUCCAUCACAUCCAUGGUACCAUAAACGCCAUUUUCGCUCCUCUUUUCGCAGGCUCUACGAUCGAAUUCCUCUUCCCUUUCAAUGCCCAACAUGUCUGGCACCGCUUCGCCGCUCCAUUCCUUCAGAAACCAUCCACUCCUGCUCCCUCACCGAUAACCCUUUUCACUGUCGUUCCAACAGUCUACAAUCGGCUACUCACAACAUUCUCCGAUCUCACUCCAGAAUAUCAAACCGCCGCCAAAACCGCAAUCUCACCGCGAAAUCUCAGACUCAACAUCUCUGGCUCAGCGGCACUUCCUACCCCAACGAAAAAAGCCUGGAACACACUUUCCUCAGGAAAUGUACUUCUAGAACGCUACGGCAUGACCGAGGUAGGAAUGGCACUCUCUUGUGGUCUCCCCUUCUCCUCACGUGUUGACGGCUCCGUCGGCUGGCCACUACCAGGGGUCGAGGUCCGCUUAGUCGAUACGGACACCGGCGACGUAAUUAAGGAGGGAGCAGAGCUCGACUCAGAAGGUCGAGAAAGAGAUGGCGAGAUUCAACUAAGAGGCCCGACUAUCUUUAAAGAGUAUUGGAAAAAUCCUGUAGCAACGAAAAAGGAGCAUGUUGAAGGCGAAGACGGGAAAGGAAGGUGGUUUAAGACAGGUGAUGUUGCUGUUCGUCGGAUCGUUCCUCUCCCUGAGCAGAAUGGUACUAUCAAUGGCCAUGGGGAGAAGUGGGACCGGGGCCCAAUGUAUUUCAUCCGUGGCCGGCUCUCGGCCGAUAUCAUCAAAUCUGGCGGAGAGAAAGUCUCCGCUCUCGAAGUCGAACGCGAGCUUCUCUCUCUGCCGCAAAUAGCAGAAGCGGCCGUCGUAGCUGUCCCAUCGGGAAAAUGGGGACAGAAGGUCGGCGCCGUCGUUAUCCUGAAGGAUAACGGAGAAGAGGGAAGGAAGGGGAAGUGGGGUGCGAUGGAUUUGAGAAGGUCUCUGAAAGACCGGUUAGCGAACUAUAAAAUCCCGCAGGUUAUGAAGGUUGUGGACCAUAUUCCACGGAAUGCUAUGGGGAAGAUUAAUAAGAAGCAGUUGGUAAAGGAAGUCUUUCAAGAUGAGACGAGUGGGGAUGAGAUGUAA